CGAGGGGCCUCUCCGCAGUACCAGCCAGAGGGUAGGGGACCGUACAUAUAAAGGAGAGAGCCCCAUGUUCUGGGGGCCCAGUACCGUUCAAAGAUGCAGGUUGGUGGGACGCUGCGUGGUACCAGGGCCAUCUCCCUUCUGGUAUUCCUGGUACCUCUCAUUGGCUAUGCCUAUUCGAGUCCUCUUCAAUAUUUACCCAAUAUACCAGGUUACGUUCCUGUUUAUAUAAGAUAUGGAGAUGAACCGUUGGAGGAAAUAAAUGCAGAUUUGGCCGAGGCUUUCGGAGAGACGUCAAAUUCCGUUAAGAGUUUGCAAAAGAUAGACCACACAUUCGCUCACGAGUCUGACAGUUUUAAAGAUGAAGAUCUAAAUGAGUUUCUGGAAGAAUCAGAUAAGAAACAUCCUUAUCCAUUGCAUGUUAGAGAAGCGGAAAGUCGUUCAUUUGCCACUGCCAACGAUGAAUCGGGGAACCCUAACAAACCAAAGCUUCUAACUAUCUAUGAAUUACAUGAUGAUAAUGAGAGCAGACCUCGUAGACGUUAUCGAGGCAGAACCAGAAUGAAGAGUUUGAAACCGCCCGCUUUUAAAGUCAGCCCACUCUCUGAUGAGGAAAAGGAAGAGUUGGAAAAAUUAGCGAUCGAAGUUGAAAAAGAAGAAACCAGACCGAAUGAAUUCUACAUUCCAAAUCCUAAAUAUUCCGAUUUAUUAUCUGAUAAGACAAACAAUCCACAUAGGGCAGAUAAUUUCGUCGCACCGAUAAAAGUACAAGAUCCGCUCAAUGAAUCUUUGACAGAUCUAGGGAUAAUUACAGUUGAAGAUACAGAUCUUCCAAAACCUUCGGAUAAUCAUGACAAUGCUGUAUCUGAAAUUGAUAAAAAAGAACCGCCUAUUAAGGAGCAACGUCCAGCUACAGUCUUGUCGAAUGUAGAUAAAGUUUCGCCUAUCGAUUUGCCAGAUGAAAGCGACAUUAAUGAAGAUAUAACAUCGAAAGCUGAAAAAGAGAAAUUGUUUAUUAAGGAGGCAGAUCUGCCAAAACUUCCUCAAGUCACAGAGCUUUCAAAAUCUUUGGACGAUCAUAAUAUUGCUGCAUCUAGAGUUGGUAAGAAAGAACCACCUAUUAAGGAGCAACGUCCAGCCACAAUUUUGUCGAAUGUAGAUAAAGUUUCACCUAUCGAUUUGCCAGACGAAAGCGAAAUCAAUGAAAAUAAAACGAAAGAUCCUAUAGAAUCAACCGAUGAAAUUGCAACAAGUUUAUAAUUUAUUUGUUACAAUAAUAAAGUAUAUCAGAUCUUUUUCUGAAUUCUUUGAACAGUUCAAACUUCUUUCAGCAAGAAGUUUAUAAGGAGAAACUUGUUGCAAUUUUUAGUAUUAUUAAAUUUAUAUUUCAGUGGAAUUUAUAGUCAAAGUAUGAUUUAUUAUAAACAUCUUAUAUAUCGCAAGCUACAAUAAAGCAAGUUACGAAUAGGAGUCAUACUUGAAAAAAAA